AUGUCGAGUUACGGGGGCCGCCGAGCGCCCAAUUUCGCUCAAUACCUGGAGGACCUGAACACCAUCCCGUCGCCAUACGACCAAUCCGCACAACAGCAAUCCACCGAGCCCUUCAACAUCGAUGCCGAGUUGGCGCUCUUCACAAACACCGAGUUUUUGGACUUUGGUCACUUUGGCGAUAUGAACAUGCCGCUGGGAUUCAGUCCCGCGGAAGAAGAACACAAGGGACAUGAAGAGAAGCCUGCACUGGAAAAACAUACCGAUAUGGAUUAUAUGGAUUUGUUGAAUGACCUGGGCAAUAUUCCCGAUUACACUGCAACCUUCACCUCGGCGGAGGAGUCGCACAACCUACUACACAUGAACUCGACCUUCCACUCUAUACCCGCAGUUCAAAACACCACUCCCGCCCGUCCACUCGAAAACACCAAUAUCCACGUGCAACAGCCCCAGCAACAACAGACCCAUGCACCCAAGGCCGAAAUCCCAUCCCCAACCAACAUCUCCACUUUCGUCUCCACCCCCAUGGAAGUUGCAGGCUCAAAACGCAAACAUUCUCCAGAGUCCAAGAGCCUCGACGAAUCCGCCCGCGCCGCUGCAGAGGAAGACAAACGCCGUCGCAACACAGCCGCCAGCGCCCGAUUCCGCGUGAAGAAGAAGCAGCGCGAACAAGCACUCGAAAAAUCCGUCAGGGAGGUAAGCGAAAAGAACGCCGUGCUGGAGGCACGCGUCUCACAACUCGAGCUCGAGAAUCAGUGGUUGAAGAACCUGAUCACUGAAAAGAAUAGCUCCGAGUCCGGCGAGGGCAAACAACGCAGCGAAACUGAUAUCGCGCACAUGUUCAAGAAUUUUCUCGCCAGCCACAAGGCUGGACAGGAGCAAUCCUCCGAGUCCAAGAUUGGCGUUGGCACUGCCUGA